AUGUAUAAGGUGAUGGAAGAAGAAGAGUACCGUUGUUUUGUUGCAAACCUUUCGUGGUCAACAAGUGCCAGAGGAUUGAAAGAAGCAUUUGGAAAGUUUGGUCAUCUUCUUGAUGCCAAGGUUGUCAUUGACAAGUCUUCUGGCCGCUCUCAUGGAUUUGGAUUUGUUUCCUUUGAUGAAGAGAAAGCUAUGGAAGAUGCCAUUUAGGAAAUGAAUGGAAUGGAUUUAGAUGGGUGGGCUAUUUCAGUAGAUAAAGAUCAGCCAAACCAAGGCUCUGGUUGAGACUGGGAUGAGGACCGUGAUCAUGGAAGUGGAAGUGGGUGAGGAUCCGGAGGGUUCCAGUAUGUUUUUACCAUGCUCUCUGUAACU